AUGGAGGAUAAUGAAAAUGAUGAUUUACUUGAUGCUAAUACGUAUUUACAAAAAUUAAUUCGAAAAUCUAAAAUAGAUCAAAUAUGUUUUCAAAAUGAAAUUGAUCAAUUACUUGAAAUGUCACGUAUACAUGAUAUGAAAUUGUGUACAAAUGUUAUUUUAGAAGCUUAUAAAUAUAAUUAUUUUGAUAUAUUAGAAAUAUUAUUAAGAAGAGAAGCAUUUUAUUCGGGUAUUCCAGGUUUAACAGAAUUACAUGCAGCAUCUGGUUAUGGUCUCUCAGAAAUUGUUAAAUAUUUAUUAGAAGAAAAACAUAUUGAUCCAAAUAUUGAAUGUACAUUUGUUAAAAAUGAUCAAUUAGCAAAUAUUACUCCAUUACAUUUUGCAUGUGGAAUUGGACCAGAACAUCUUGUACAAGAAACAGCAGAAACUGUUCAUUAUUUAUUAAAAUUUGGUGCCGAUGUUCAAAAAACAACAUCACGUCUCGAUUCAGCUUUACAUUGGGCAUCAAAAUUUGCAGAUGAAAAUGUAGUACGUUUAUUAUUAAAUUAUAAAGCCGAUGUAAAUGCAAUUAAUUGUCUUGGAUAUUCACCAUUAUCAGAAGCAUGUUUUUAUGGAAAUUUUGAUAUAUGUCGUUUAUUAGUUGAACAUGGUGCCGAUGUUAAUAUAAAACAAUGUGAUGAUCGUUCACCUGUACAUCUAGUUGCACGUGGUUUAUUGAGUGAACAUGAUGCAAUACGAACAAAUUAUAAUGAUAUUAUUGUUAAAAAAUUAAAUGAACGUUUAGAAAUUGUUAAAUAUUUACAUGAGAAUGGUGCAGUAUUAGAAUGUUAUGAUAAAGAUGGUCUAACACCUUUAAUGUAUGCAUGUUCAAGUGGUAAUUAUGCAUUAGUAGAAUAUCUUAUUGAACAAUGUUCAAAUUUAAAUAAAAAUAUUAUCAAUGAACAUUCAAAAACAGGUGAAACAUGUUUGAUGUAUGCAAUAGAAUCAGGCAAUUUAGAUAUAAUACAAUUAUUAUUAAAACAUCAUGUCAAUAUUAAUGAUCAACAUGAACCAUCUUAUUUAACAGCAGCAUGUUUUUAUGGUUAUCCAAAUAUUGUAAAAAAUUUUAUUGAAUUUGGAUUAGAUAUUAAUGAAUUUAGUCAGACUGUUGAUGGUGUUAUUUUCAAUCCAGUUUAUGCAUGUUGUCAUUCAGGUUCAGAUGAAUGUUUAGAAUUAUUAUUAAAUGCGAAUGCUAAAAUCGAUUGGAAAACUAGUCAAGGUACAACUUGUUUACAUGCAGCUUGUUAUUCGGAUAAAGCAUCAAUAAAAUUAGUUCAAUUAUUAUGUGAUUAUUUACAAUCAAAAUCAAUGCCAUUAGAUUUAAAUUUAUCAACAGUAUCAGGUGAAACUCCACUAUUAAUGGCAAUUGAAAGAAAUGAUUAUGAAUUAAGUGAAUAUUUAUUAAUUAAAGGAGCUAAUCCAAAUAUAUCAAAUAGAGAUGGAUGUUAUCCAUUACAUUUAGCUUGUUAUAAUGUUCGACCAGAUAUUGUUUUAUUAUUAUUAUCUUAUGAUGCUGAUAUUGAAUAUUCAAAUGAAAAUUAUCCUCAUCCAUUAGUUAUAACAACAUAUAAACGUGAUUUAUUAUGUUCAAAAAUUUUAAUUGAAUCAACAAAAUGUUCUGAUCAUUCUGUACAUGAUGCAUUAAUUGAAGCAUUAGAAAAAAGUUUUGACGAUUUAGUAGCAGAAAUAAUUGAUAUUCGACCCUAUUUAAUACCAGAUGAUUUAAAAGAUAAAAUAUUAUUAACAUUAACAGAAGAUAAAUUAGAUCGAAUGAAUUUACAUGAUGAUGAUUUUGAAAAACAGAAUGAUGAAAAAAAACAAGAUGAAUUAUAUACACAUGAUAUUAAUACUAACAAUAUGAAAGGUAUACAUGCAAUGGAAUAA